AAAUACAUUAAACACAGCGGCGGCGGAGCUCAUUCACACGCUGUGCCUGUGCCCUAAUUCUCUCUACCGGAGUAGAAAAAGAAAAAAAAGAGAGUUCUUUUUUCAAACUCCGGCGAUGUCGUACGACGAUGUUGAGAUAGAAGAUAUGGAGUGGAACGAAGAGAUACAAGCGUACACGUAUCCUUGUCCUUGUGGUGACUUGUUCCAGAUUACUAAAGAAGAUCUCCGGCUCGGCGAAGAGAUCGCGAAUUGUCCAAGUUGCUCGCUUUAUAUCACCGUCAUCUAUAAUAUGGAAGAUUUUCAAAACGAUGCGAAGAAGAACAACGAACCUAAAAGUCGUCAGCCUAUCGCCGUCGCAUGAGAUUAUCAUGGAACUGAUUAGAAGAUUAUUCAACAACCACAGCAGAAGAGAUUGAAUCUGAUGUGCAGAGUUUUGGAAAGCAUUUUGAAACCAUCCUUGAGAGUUUUACAUUAACCACAUAUAGAAAUAUGUUUUAAGGGAAUAGAGGUGCUGUGUUACUUGGUGUUUAUUUAUGGUUUAUCAAAAAACCGAAUUCUUGGUGUUUUCUUCCCUUCUUAAGUCCGAUUAGAGUUUGUUCUGUUUUGGUUUGGAAUAGGUUUCUACGGCAACAAUACCUUAAAUCCCGUUUGACGUGUAUAAACUCCAUAAUUCAUUUCUUUUUGAAGGA